CCCUCGCUCUCCCGCCCCUCCCCCUCCUCCCCGCAGCUACUGCCUGCGCGAGGCGGACGGACAAGGGCACGCGGGGCCUGGCGGCUGAGACUGGGCUGCGGAGCCCGCGGAGGUGGCGGCGGGCGGACAGGCAGGCGGACAGGCAGGCGGCCGGGCGGGCAGCCUGGAGCAGCCGACAUCUGGCCAGAGGGCGCAGCGCCUGCUCUUUGCCCCGUUGCUCCAGGUUGAACUCGUACCGUGUGCACUCGGCAAAGGAAAACCUUGACUCAUUGAUACAGACAGCAGUCCUCUUGUCAUCAGCUGCUUCUUCCCUUCUUCGUCCAGAGCCUCCAUGACUUGUGGGGUAGCAUUGGAUCUUUUCUCAAAGCUCAGCUCUGCUUGAGCGACUACAAGGUGGAUUUGUACCUGGCUGGAAGUUUUUUCCCCCUUUUUUCUUUCAAACUUGGACGGAUAAAAGAUGUGCUAUGGCAGGAUAACACCAAAAAGCAGCUCAGCCUCGCCAUUUGUCUCCUUAGGACAUGGAUUAUUUCUUCCAUUCAUGAUUAUUAGCACUUUCCUUGGAAAUGGAAUUGCUUCAGUGUGUCCUCGACCACCAGCACCAGAAAAUGGUGGCUUCAUCUGCCACCCGACCCCCUGUAAAGACCCGUUGGCUUCAGGCAGUGUCAUUGAGUACAUUUGUGAUGAAGAAUACAUGCUGAAGGGGGAUUAUAAAUACCUGACAUGUAAAGAUGGGGAAUGGAACCCGGCCAUGGAGGUCAGCUGCCAUCACAGCCAAGACAAAGACCUCCGUACAACAAUCGGUGUGCCUGCCCUGUCGAUAGUGGCAUCCACAGCAAGCUCAGUAGCACUCAUCCUUCUCCUAGUUGUGCUCUUUGUUUUGCUGCAGCCAAAAUUGAAGUCCUUCCAUCAUAGCAGGCGUGACCAAGGGGUAUCUGGUGACCAGGUCUCCAUCAUGGUGGAUGGUGUUCAGGUGGCUUUACCGUCCUAUGAAGAAGCAGUGUAUGGCAGCUCUGGGAAUUCUAUGCUGCCUUCUAACUCCCGAGUACAAAUUGUACUGUCUGAAGGGGCCGGGCCAAGCAGUGCAAGGGAAGUGCAGCAGCAAGACCAAGGAAGCCAUAUCUGCUCUUCCUCAGGGGGAGAGGAUGAUGCCCCAGGACACUCUGGCCUGAGUGAUGCCCGAAGUGCUCAGCGCUCAGAGACUGUGAUGGUGCACCAGGCCACCACCUCCUCCUGGGUGGCCGGCACAGGAAACAGCCAUCCCACACACAAAGAUGCUCCAGACUCAGAAAACAGCGAUAUACAAAGCCUUUUAUCUCUCACUUCUGAGGAAUAUACCGAUGAUAUCCCAUUGUUGAAAGAAGCAUGAAGUUUGCUGCUGUCUUCAUGUGGCCUCCUUCCCCUUUACGUUGUUCUUUCCUGCCCCCUUCUCGUUUCCCCUUGAGUUUUGAGCACUCUGUACAGCCUCCACCCCCUCUCCUACCCCCCCCCCAUCCUGGUGAUUAGAGCAGCGCCCCAAGGUCCUCCCAGCCCAACAUCCAAAGGAAAUCUUUACUGGGCAAACCAAUGGGGCUGGUCCUGUACUUGGUCUCUCCUGUCUCUCUCUGUCUGGAACUUUGAGUGAGCUGAGGUUGGGCCCUUCCUUCCUUCCUUCCCCAAGACCUCCUUGGGCCUCUUCAGCCCUCCCCUCAGCCAGCUGUUUAGCAGCGGGUAGGGGGGGGAGCCCCAGGCUAUGGCCUGUCUUUACAGGCUCAGCUGUCUUUACUUGUGCCUUCCCCCAGCCCCCAGGCCUGUUGGCUCAACACUGGCCUGAGUGGUUGUGCUGUUGCUGCUGCUAUUGCUGCACAGGAUGCAAAAGGUCUAUGGUGCCAGUGCCCCUUGGGCACAGGUGCCCCCUCCAUUACUGUUGGCAGCAGUGAGCCCAAGGUUGAGAGCUUGCUGGUGAGGAAAGGCUUCGGGUAGGGGCAGUUGUUGGGGGCAGGGGUGGAAUCGGAGGUGGGGGGGGAUUCACCCCCAGUGGCUGCCUUAGGAUGAGCAGCUAGCUGUAUACUUGGAUGACACAUCUGUGACUUCUUUAACUAUUUAAUAGAGGGAUUAUUGAGAAUCAUGCCAGUUUUCAGCAGUUCUGUGUUGAUCAGUCCAUGGGCCAGGAAUGCUGGCCCCUCUUUAAUUGAUAUUUUUAGGGGAUAAGUGUGAGAGAUCUCAAAGGGGAGGGAAAGCAUGUGGAGGAGGCAGAUGUGUUUCUAAUAUGCAAGAUCCCACCUACUGGUCCUGGCUUUCUCAGCCAUGACCUUUGUCUCUCCCCCAUUCCCUAGAGUCUAAAGGAAAGCAAGAUGAGGCCUCCUGGGUUUGUUUUCCUUUUCCCAGGCCCCUGUGGCAGAGACAGCUCAUCUCCAGAAACAGGAAGAGAAGUCAGAAAGCAUCUAGUACCCAUCAUCAUUCCCUCCCCUGCACAUGCUGGUUUUCCCAGGUUUGCAACUAGCAUUUUGGGCAAGUUGCAUCUUUCUGGGUGUGUGUGAUGAUAUUGGAGCUGGAGGAGCUGAUGUGUCCUCCCCCCCUCCCAGACACAGUGCCUUGGGUGUGGCUGCAGGCAGCCCAAGCCCUGGGUCCUGAGCAUUCCUGUCAACACAGUCAUGUGCCUUAGUAACUGUGCCCAAGAAGCACCCUGCUACUUAGUGCUGCUGCUUUUCCCACUUCACCCUCUCCUCGCCCUCCCCUCUCUCCUUUGUCACAGCUGACAAAUGACUUUCUUGUCUUCCUUGGAGCUCAGGGAGAAGGGCUAAGAAAGAGCCUGAGCUACCACCCUCACCCCAGUAACUGGACUGCCUUGCUGUGGGUCUACAGUUGCUAAGCAACUCUGCUGCGGAGGGUUGAGGGCACUCCAGAAGAGCCAUGUGUGUUUGGGGAGCGGGCCUUGUUCUCCAGAGCCAUCGGCUUCCUAGAGGAAAAAGCAGAGUCCAGGCAUUUAGGCUCUUUAUAAGUUGCAUGGCAAAGCCUCCCAUAGACAGCUUCUGUGACAGCCAUUCAGUGAUACUCUUCGUGUGACUGUUGUGAGAGCUCAGAAGGACAUUAGAUAAAGGGGACCAAAGCUUGGGAAUGUUUUGGAAGCACUGGGGCAGAAGACUUGGAAGAUAACCUUGUAUUCUUCUCUCCCAGCUUCCUUGUCAAGAUGGUAGUAACAACUUCCACCUAUUAUGUAACCUGUUCAAGAAAGUCUUUGGGGACUACCUCCAGCUGUCUUAGACAGUGGGAGUGACUAUAGAGAACAAUUAGAAAGAGAAGUUUCUCUCAACCAACAGUGUAGAUGCCUCCCCCUUAAGCCCCCUUACACAUCUUCACACACUGCACUUUAUUGCACUGUCAUCCCCUUGUUUCAGCAAUGAGAAGCAGUCCUGCUUCCUCCUAGAGUAAUAAUAUUAGCUGACAUUUAUGUGGCGCUUUAAGGUUUGCAAGACGCUUUGCAAGGGAAGUGCCUGUUAUGUUCCAUUAUUUCCUUUCUCCUUCCUUGCCCUCCACCACCAUACCCACAUAACUCUUACCCAAAGCCAUAUGAGUUGUUGGGAAUUUGGGGAGAGGUCCUGUAAGGAGACUUCCACAGCAGACGCUGCUGCUUCAUAAAUGGACAAGGCCAAGAGAAGGCUCCUGCAAUGAAGCAGAAUGGAUGUCAAGGAACCCCUGACUCCACAACCUCUUUUAGUAUCUAGAACUACGGGCAGCUUCUGGUCCCAGGAGGAAGAGGGGCAGGGUCCCUCAUGCCUCCUGCUGCCUGGACACAAGUGAGGGGAGCCCAAGCUCUUCCUUUCAGUCUUCCUAAAAAAGUGAAAAAUAGAAACAGUUGAGGGAGAGACAGUCCUCCCUCCCUGCCAAACCUUCAGCUCAUGCUUUCCAGUGUUUGAAUACCUGCUCGUACCUAUGUCCCAGGAUACCAGAAAGAGAAGUGAGUGACCCACUCCUCAGAGAAUACACUCCAGGACCAUAUGCCUACUGCACCGCAUAUGGACUGUUUGCUGGCCCUUUUAAAAAGGAAAAAAGAAGCUUCUCCCCUUUCUGAAGCUCACUUCCACUGGUCUUGCUCAGACACGGCAGCCUACCCAGGGGACUGACUGCAUGUCCAGACAUGCUGCCAAAUCAAGAGGGAAAAGGAAAAAGGGAGGGGGAGGAGGAGAAUAAGUCCACAAGUCCUUUACCCACCUGCUUUGGUUAAUGGAAUAUGAAAUAAAGGCAGGGUUGUUGAGAAACCUGUAUUGGAUUGAGUUAGACCUCUUUUGUUAAACAGCCCAUCCUGCACAUGCUGGAGUUGAGGCUACAUGUUAGCUGCUAAUAACCGGAACAGCUUCAAAUAGACUAAUUCCCUACCUCCCCCAGAACAACCUUUUAAUGAAUCCUCAGCAGGAAAACACCCUGCAGUUAGCCCCUCAGUACUGUUUUCAGGGCUCAUGGGCUUUACUUUGACAACUGCAAAGGGAUUCAGGGAGUUUCACAGCUGGUUUGAGGUGGGUCCUGGCUCAGAGACAAAGGCAUGCUCUAUUGGUUAGAGCAACUAGGAUGAUUGUUGGUGGUCCCUAGAAAAAAAGGGUAUCCACAAGAGCUUCUUUGGAUGGGAAUGAGACACACUACGUGGCAAAAACAAACCACAGUAGGUGAACUGAGCAGAAAGCAUUUGUCAGGUCUUAGGUCAGCACCAAAGGACUAAAUUUCUUUUUUCUAUUUUUUUUCUUUUUUUUUUUUUUGCACAAAAAAAAAUAUUCUGUCUGCCUCAGUGCAAGUUUUAUAUCCUGUUGACUUGCACCAUCAUAAUUACUUCAAAGAGAACCAGUUUAAGGGGAAAACUCCUUUUAAAGUAAUACCUGUUCUUUGCAAUGCCUUAGUUUAAUAUUUUGCCAUCUCUGCAGUUUGUUUACUUUCCCACCUCCCAUUGCACCUGGUGUAAACUUGACCACUUUGGUGCUGUGCUGUCUGUUCCCCCUUGUUCUUCUAAGCUAGGGUUCCAGCACUGCACAGGAAAGCUUCCAUUUAAUUCUGUUUCCUAGUAAGUAGAUUUUAUUAGAUACAGUAUCUCACUGUACAUUCUAUAAGUCAAAAUUUAAUAUCCUCAUCUGCUUCCAUCCUUCCAAUCCAUCCAUCUGUUCCCCUCCUACACAUUCUAAUAAGCUCUAAUGAGAAGCUACCUAGCAAGACAAAGGUAUAGUUUUCCUGCUUUUGUUCCCAGGGACACGAAUAGCAAUCCAGUCAUCUUUUCCUCCAUCCUAGCCUAGCUUUCAAGUUCUUUGCUUGCAUACCUCUGCUUCCUCCAGGAAAGCACAUGAGCACAGAGAGUGGAAUAUGUUGUAAAAAUGUCUGUCUUGACUUUAAAAAAAAAAAAAGACAUACAGCUUCCCCCCCCCCCAAGUUAAGUUCCAGAUGUGGGUUGGGGAUGGCAAAGCUACCUUUCCUGCCGGGACCACUUGGCUUCCUUCUUUUUGUUGAAUUCACUCUACCUGUUGCCAGGAAAGAAAUUGAAUCACUCCUUCCAUGAAAAGGGGGAAAGAUUGGAUUGGACUUUACUGGGAAGCAAUGCCUGUUUCAUUUUUGGCUUAAACUUGAAGUUUUCAAAUGAAAGCCCCAAGGCCUGACUGAGCACUCUGCCAAGCAGAGAGAGGGGAAUCCAGGAGGGGCACGGUGGGAGCUGAUUUGUCAGACUACCACUUGAGGAAAGAGAUUGAUUGGUAGUUAAGCCAGGAAGAGUUUUGGUGGCCUUCCACACAUUUCUUCAGUUCUUAUCCAAAUUGCACCACUAUGGAAUCUUUUGCAGAAUGGUACUCAUAUAUAAUGUGGGACUUAAAACAACAGAUAUUAUAAUUGAUGCUGUGCAGGAUAUCAAUCAUUUUUUAUUUUGCUUUAUAAACAUGUAUCCUGUACAUUGCAGUGGGUGUGAAGAUAGUAUUUUAAUAUUUGUACAAAGUUUAAUUUAAUUUUAAUUGUUCUAUGUAUAUAACUGCAUUUCUAAAUAAUAAUAAAAGCAAGUUAUUUUAAAAUGA